AGUUGAUUGGACCCAACAUUAUGGUGUCCAGCCUCCUUCCAUACCCUACCGGAGCCCCAGACUAAAGAGUCAGCUUCCUUAUCAAGGCAUCUGUCUGCUCUGCAGAAGCCCCGCCAAGGGCUCAGAGGCUUGCAGGGCCCUCCUGGAAAAAUGGGGCCUCCAGGAAUCUCAGGGCUUCCUGGGUUACAAGGAGAAAAGGGACAAAAAGGAGACCCUGGAGAAGGUUCAGAUUAUGAUUGUGCCCAGGCUGCUUCAGGAAGAGAAGCUCUGCUAUCAGAAUUAGACCGCAUCAAAAAGUGACUGACUUUCUCUUUGGGCAAAAAGGUUGGGAAGAAGCUUUUCUUGUCUUUUGGUGAAAAGAUGACCUUUGAAGGAGUGAAGGCUCUGUGCACCCAGUUCCAGGCCUCUGUGGCCACCCCCAGGAAUGCAGCAGAGAACAGCGCCAUCCAAAAUGUGGCCAAGGAAGAGGCCUUCCUGGGCAUGACAGAUGAGGACAAUGAAAACGAGUUUGUGGAUCUGACAGGAACAAGGCUGAUGUAUCAAAACUGGAAUUCGGGCGAGCCCAACAAUGCUGGUUCUCAGGAACACUGUGUGGUAAUCCGGAAGGACGGCAAGUGGAAUGACAUUACCUGCUCCUCCUCCUUUAUGGCAGUCUGCGAGUUCCCUGCCUGAGGGAGCGUGUCCCUCAGGACGUCCUCCUCCCUUUGCUAUACCCCACAGGCCCACACUCUUCUUUGAAAGAUAAAUCUAAACUGAUUUCCCCAUACCCAGUGUUGAGCCACUCCUUUGUGCGGAUAGGGAACCAGAGAAAAUGAAGAGAAUGACUUAAUUGGUGGCAUGUGGAAGUGAGAAGUGACAAGAGGCUAACAGCAGGACAAUGAGAGUUUCUAGUUCAACCCCCAUCACUAAUAAUAAUCACUAACCACACAACAGCAAUACUUAAUCACUGUUAUCAUUAGUAGUAGCAGUGGUAGUAAUACUAAUAAUAUACAUUUUAAUAUUUACUAUAAGCCAGACCCUAGGAAGUGCCUUACAUUAAUUAUCUCAAUUAAUUAGGCUAUAACACUUUUUUUGGGUAGUGUUAAUUUGUUGAGGUAUAAAAAUAAAAUGGUUGUUUGUCUGAUUACUCCAAACACCUGUGCUCUGUUGAGUUUUCCUUUCUAUUUGAGUAGAGGAUACCCUAAUGACAUCCCAGCCUAAUUCCAUAGCUUUUCAGCCAAUCUCAAGUAUUAAGAGGAACUAUUUGUAGCUUUCUCCCUAAACAGUAUUUUAUUUUAUUUUUAAUGAGCUAUUGAAGUACAUCAAGAGCAUAAAUCUCAAGUGAACAGAUUAAUGAAUUCUCACAUAUGUACACACCAUGGAACCACCUUCCAGAUCAAGAUAUAGAACAUUUCUAGCAUCCUAGAAGCCCUCUCAUGACCCUCCUAGCUGAGGCUGCCAAAAGUAAUUACUAUAAUACCUCCAUUACCAUACAUUAACUUUGCCUGUUAUAAAUGUCAUAUAAAUGGAAUCAUCCUGUAUGUACUCUUUUACAUCUUGCUUCUUUCAUUUACAGUUAAAUAUGAGAUUCAACCAUGUUAUGUGUAGCAGUAGUUUCUUCAUUUUGAUUCUCAUGUAAAACAAGUAAGGACCAAGGAUCACUGGCAGCCAGCCCCAGAACACCAGUCUUCAGGAAGAAAGAAGCAUCACCUUGAUGAUAGCUUGAUUUGGAAUUUUUUCCUAACCUCAAAACUAUGAGCGAAUAAAUUCCCUUUGUUUAAGUGGAACUAUUGCAUGGUAUUUGUUUGAACAGCCAAGGAAACUAAAACAUAUGCCUUUAGGUAAGCCACCAUCUUUCUCUAGUGUGGAUGGUUCAUUGCAUGCUUUUAGGGGAAUCAAGUUCAGGAAAAAAUCAUAAGGAAACAAUUAGCAGGUCUUCUUACAUUGGUGAUGGCACAUUGACUUCUGGGUUCUAAGGAGUCUGAAUAGAGAAUAAAGAACUUUAGAAGAUAUCUAUUAGACAUAAGGGAAGUUGGGGGGUGGAUGGAACUUGAUGAAAUUUGUUUGCACGAAACAUUGGUAUUAUCAGUUGGAAGUGGAAUUUGUACUACAUCGUGUCUCAAAUCCUUAGAUUAUGAAUUCUCUACAGGUUGAGACCUCUCCCAUAUGUCAUUCAUCACCACCACCAAAUACAUGCAUACUCACAAAGAACCCGGACUCCGAUACACCAAGAUUUACAAAAUCUUACCUGAAUCGUAGCAGCAGCUCAUAAAUACUGAAUUGGAAGUUCUUAUGUUUAGUUCCCAAAAUUUAAAAUCAUAUGAGAUUCAUUUUAGAGAGAGUUAGGAGGUUUAAACCAUUUAUUUAUCCAUUCUAUUCUUGAUGGACACUUAGGUUAUUUCCAGUUUUUGGCUAUUAUGAGUAAAACUGCUAUUACUAUUUUUGACACAUAUUUUGGUGAUUGCAUGCAUUCAUUUCUCUUGAGUGGGAUUGCCAGGUUUUAGAGCAUUCAUAUGUUUAUUUUUAAUACAUAUUUCCAAACAGCUCCCCAAAGUUUUAUAUCAAUUUAAACUCCCAGCAGCAUUGUGUGAGUUCCAGUUGUUCUAUAUCCACAUAAAUUCUUGGCAUUGCCAAUCCUUUUAAUUAUAGCCAUUCUGGUGAUCUACUGGUAUUUCUUUGUGUUUUAAUUUGCAUUUUCCUGAUGAGUAAUGGUAUGAGAACCUUGUCAUAGGCUUGUUUUCCAUAUGUAUAUCAUCUUUUAUGAAGUGCUUGUUCAAGGCAUUUGCCCAAUUCAUAAUUGGUUGUUUUUCUUUUCCUUAUUGAUUUGAAGGCGUUUUUAAAGAGUGUAUUCUGAAUAAGAGUCCUCUAUUGAAUAUAUGCAAUGUAAAUAUCUUCUUCACUCUGUGGCUUGCUUUUUCAACUUCUUAGUUGUGUCUUGAUACACAAUUUUCAAAUUUUCAAUAAAGUUCAAUUUAAAAUA